AUGGCGUGCCUCCGCGAGAGGUUUCGAAGAUUUGUUCGUGCCGAGGCCGAACAAAUCUUCCGGGCACAAGGUGCCCAAGGAGAAGAAGGACGAAGAAGAAGACGAGGAAGGCACGACGCGGCCUCCGACUCUGACUCGUCCUCGUCGGACCCCUCAUCCUCUCAUGGGGAUGAAGGUGAGUCCGACGAGGAGUGUUAUUGUCGGGGCCGUUGUCGGUGCCAGAGAGAACGCUCUCUGGAGCGUGAAAUCCUCCGCGAAGUAUCGCGGGAGGUUCGACGGCUCACUCGUGAGCAUCGAACCCGUCGUGCCGCUGAUGCGGCCGACGAUAGGGGGAGCCGUGCCACUAAUGCCGGCGGAGUACGAGGAAGAGGAGGAAGACGAGGACUCCGCCGUGCCACUAACGCCGGCGUGGAGGGUUGUGGUGAUGGCCGACGCCAGCCACACGCAGUGCCGUUCCCGCCUGGGGAAGCCACGGUUCGUCUGAACAUGGAGUUCAGAUACCGCGGCAGGACCCGGGGGACGGUACCUGUGAGCCAACCGAUGGCUACACUCCGAUACCUACCGGUGCAAAGAGGGGAUGGACGCUCCAUGGAGUGGUUGUACCACCAUGGAGGUUAUUAUAACUUCGUCCAUGAGAACCACGACCCCGAGUUGGUCCGUGGGGAUCGGCGGUUGACACGGAGAAUUGUAUUCUCCGCUGGCACCCGCCCCCCUGUCACCGGUGUGGAAGUGCCCUUCCCCGGGGGGGUUUGGAGGGUCGAGAGGUUCAUCUUUGAUGGGCCUCAAGGCCAAGGGGGUGGUUAUAGGGGGUUUGAGACCCUCUACUUCUUGGAUGAGCGUUGA